GCCGGAUGUGGAACGGCUACUGCCUGGGGGGCAAAUCGUUCGUCUCCUGCUUUGGACCCGGCUUCUGUUCUUGGGUGUCUACACCCAAGCUCAGUCCCACCCAGCUCUGUCCCUAAGCCAUGCCGGAGUGUGACUUCUGACCUCAUGCUGUUGGGACCUUACCCCAUCCGACGCCGCCCGGAGCAGAUCUCGGGGCCUCGGAGCCGGCAUGCGCGGGAAGCUGCUGCCUCUGGCCAGCCUGUACCUGGUGCAGGGCCUGCCCUAUGGGCUCCAGUCCGGACUGCUGCCCACGCUCCUGCGGGCACGCGGGCUCUCCCUGACGCGGGUGGGACUGGCCAAGGCGCUGUAUGCCCCAUGGCUGUUCAAGCUGGCGUGGGCCCCACUCGUGGGAGCGCGGGGUUCCGCGCGGGCCUGGCUGGCGCGCAGCACGGCAGCCCUAGGUCUGGUGUGCGGGCUAUUGGCCGCACUUCCUCCUUCUGAAAGCGGCCAGGCCGGGUUGCCCGCCGCUGCGGUGGGGCUGCUGUUAUUGCUUAACCUCGGUGCGGCUGUGCAGGACGUGGCUCUGGACACGCUGGCCAUGCAGCUGCUAGAACCCGCCGAGCUGGGACCUGGCAGCACCGCACAGGUCGUGGCUUAUAAGCUGGGGGCAGCACUGGCAGGGGGAGGGCUGCUGGCUCUUCUGCCCACCCUCUCGUGGCCAGGGCUUUUUCUGCUCCUAGCUACCGCCUACUGGCUGGCUGCGGCCUUGGCCUGGACUGCACCGGCCCUGGGCCAGCUCCCGGGGCCUGGGCCCUCAGAGCAUCCCUGUUACACCCUGCGUCUUCUGCAGGAUAUGGUUACCGUACCAGGGACUCUGUGGACAGCAAGCUUCGUGCUCACCUACAAGCUAGGUGAGCAGGGUGCCAACAGCCUGUUUCCUCUCCUCCUACUGGACCAUGGUGCUUCUGCUGCAGAGCUGGGGCUGUGGAAUGGCCUGGGUGCUGUGGCCUGCUCCAUUGCUGGCUCCUUCCUAGCUGGUGUCUUGCUGGCCAGGCACUGGAAGCCAUUACCCUUGCUGGGAUCAGUGCUGCAGCUCCGCCUUGGGGGCCUGGCCUGUCAGACUGCCCUACUCUUCCACCUGGACACCCUAGGGGCCAGCCUGCACCCUAGUACUGCUUUGAAAGGUGAGGGGCUAUCCUUAGGAUUGAGGGCAGGCCCCCUGGGCUGUGUGGUGCUGCUACCCUCUGUCCUUCCAGGAGCAGCCUUGCUGAGCCUGUGCCUGCAGCACUUCCUGGGGGGCCUGGUCACCACGACCACUUUCACCGUGAUGAUGCGCUGCAGCCAGCUGGCACCCAGUGCCCUGCAGGCCACACACUACAGUCUCCUGGCCACACUGGAGCUGCUGGGGAAGCUGCUGUUGGGCACCGUGGCUGGAGCCCUGGUUGACACCCUGGGGCUACAUCCUUGCUUUUUCUUCCUCCUCAUUCUCUCAACCCUGCCUAUCCUAGGCCUGGGCCUGGCACCCAGCACCCUGGCCUGAGGGUGGUCAAUAAAGCCAAGUGUCUCUAUGG